AUGACCAACGCCAAGGUGAUCACCUGCUCGACGGCGAUGGCCCCGUCCGACAAGAAUCCCGCGCACGCGACAUGCGGCGACGACCUCGCGGCAAAGACGACAACGGCCGAGCACAAGAAUACAAGCAUCACGGACGCCGCGGCGAGCGGACACUUGGCAUCCCAGGUUCGACUCGGCACCCAGCUGGUGCAAGUGCCGGGGAGACACGACGAAGGCUACCAGUGGACGCUUGUCGCAGCGCAGCGCGGCGCUGGCGAGGCCCAACUCUUACUGGCAAAGCUCCUCGCGCUCGGCCACGGCUGCAGUCGAGACAAGCCCAUGGCGCUUCGCUGGCUCAAACGAGCGCGUCUCCACAACGGCAACCAAAUCUCGGACGAUGACGUGGCAUGCGCCAAGCACAUGAUUGCGAUCGGCGAAAAGGUGUGCGCACGCGAACGGCUCUUCAAGUGGUCAACCAACACGCUCUCGAUCUCGGGUCGCGUCCAGAGAUUUCAGUCGCAUGACGACGACGCGUCAUCGCUGUGCUUUGGCGACGUUCUCGCGCAGAUGGUCGCGCGGAGCAAGAAUGGGUCGUCGGUGGCCCGCGACUUUGUCCAAGGCUACACGACACUCAAGGCUGGUGUUCACUUGCUCGAGGCCGGUGAUAUCACUCGCGGCAUCGCGACCGUGCGGCAGGCCCAUCGGUUUUGGAAUCCGCUGGAUGUGCCGCGUGACGUGGGCGUGGUCGUGCAGCAAGCGGCGCGUCGCCUCCUCGACGCUAGCCCCUCGGACGCCGAUGCACUGUAUGUCGAGGGAGUUUACGGCGUGAAGGCCACGCCGGCGAUCUAUUGGCUCCACUGCACGACGUUGCACCCAACAUGCGCCGCCUUCCACCACGCACUCGGCGCUGUCUAUGCGUCUGCGGGCCAGUACGAGAGUGCGCUACGAUCGUUCACAAAGGCCAUUGCGGUCGCCACCGACGCCACCUCCAACGAAACGCUGACGUGGUGCUACGAGCGCGCGGCGUGCCUUCGAAAGCUACUGGGGACAGGCCUCGCGUCGGUGGCGUCCGCUGUCGCUGCCUACGAAGGUUACGUGCGCGCUGCGCCGCGCGACCACCGCAAGGUGCCCGAGGCAUGGUACGCACUCGGUCUUCUCUACGCGGCCGCGGGCCGCACAGAGGAUGUGCGCCAUGCGUUCGGGCAAGGCGUUGCCGCCGAGGCGUGCCGGCUGCACUGUCUGCCGCCACUCAACUUUUCGACCAAACAGCGCGUGGCCAAGUAUCUUUUGCACGCCACGGACGUCCGUCGGCGGCCUUUGUCGGGUGGGGCGGUGCACGGAAACGCAUCGCCGCCCAUUGCACUGGACGUGCUUCGCCGCAUGCACCGGCUUCCCCUGUAGUCGAUGCCAGCCUUCUCGUCCAUUUUUGCUUUUUUUCUACUCGUAUACUACCAUAUAAC